AUGACGAAGACAACAGCUACGCUUAGUUUGGAGGAAGCUGCAAAGAGUUUAAAACUUAAUGAAAUGUUUGAAGAAUUCUUUGCAAACCAAGAAACAUUUAAUUAUCAAAGUUAUUGUAACAAAGUAGAAACGUAUGAUAGUAAGUAUGAUGGAGUCAGUGACCUCUGCAGAAAACUAGUAGGAUUUUUAGAAAAAGUCCACCAAAAUAGUUAUAUAAAGAUGCAUAAGGAUUAUUGUGAUUAUUUAACCUAUUGGUUACAUGAUAAAGUAGGUGAAAUAUAUACAAGUACUUCAGAAAAAACGGCUGAUAUACCAUUUUUUAAAGGUCUUAUUGAUGUGAUUAAUACGGUUAACGGAAAGGUUAAAGAACAUAAGUGUAAAAUACAAUAUGACUAUGAAACUACUUUAGAUGAAUGGAGAAAUAGGAAAUUUACUUACAUUUACUUAAAAAAAUAUAAUGAUAUUAAAAAAGGUAUUAGUGCCAAAACUAAAGAUAACUGUAAUACAUAUAUUACCUACAUUAAUAACAUACAUACAUUGUAUAAAAAGUAUAAGGGUGAUUGUAAACUUGGUAUCUUUUGGUAUUCUGGUCCUAAUUAUGCUGAUUGUUCUUUUAUGUAUAAUCCAGAUAAAUUAAUAUCUACAUUAAAUGAUUGCAAUGAUGAAGAACGCACACACUUUGUAGACGUAGGUAUGGGAUCAUCAACAAAUAGAGAAGUUUUAGAAAGUGGGAAACGUGAAAAAGCUGAAAGUUCUCCUAAUCCACGUCAAGAAGGUUUAUCAAGCUCGUUAGAUUCAUCAGGUAAACCACAUUUACCAAGUCCACCAGAUGAAGAUGGUAAAUUAGAUUCUCCAAUCCCACAAGAGGUAAGUUCAUAUUUAGAAAUUCCAUUAGUUUCAAGUAAAUUAAUAUUAGAACCUUCAGGAAGAGAAGAAUCGUUAGAUCAUAGAGACUCUGAGUAUUCUAAAAGAGGACCUUAUAUUCAACAAGGGAAUUAUGAUCAUCAUCAUGCUGAUUCUACAAGUAUACUUAUACCAUAUGAGGGGUCCACGGUUUCUUCUAAUUUUUUUCAAAAAAUAUAUGAUAUAUUAAAUUCAAAUAAUCUGCGUCACACAAUCAUGUGUGCUUCAAUAGUUGUAGUAGUUAUCUUCCUCAUAUUUUUCUUUUCAUCUACUUUGUCAGGUUCCCUAUUAAAUAAAUGUGAUGAAAAAAAAAGAGAUUAUGAGAAGGAUUCUUGUGAUAGGGGCGAAGAAGAAUUUUCAGGAUGUGGAACAGAACUACAACAUACGAACUCCCAUAUAAGUGAUGUAUAUUUGUCAUAUCAACCUAGGCGUGAUUAUUAUGGUUAA